AUGCCGCUCCACCUCGCUGCGGGCCAGCCCCGCACGCUGGCCUACUCUGAGGCAAUCCGCAAGGACAUCAAGCUGCUGGAGGUGGACGAGGGCCUGCUGGAUGAGCUGCUGCAGACGGGGCUGCACCUGAAGGGUGCACCCGGCGAGGAGGCGGUGCUGUGCUCCGGCAGCAAGACGUUUGCGGUGAAGACCGUGGAGACCACCAACCUGCUGCUGCUGGUGCCAGAGGAGCAGACGGCGGCGGUGGAGGCGGCGGUGGAGGCGCUGGGCUGCCAGGACGUGACUGUGCCGCAGCCGACGCCGCCGGGCGUGCUGCUCGGGCUGGGCACGCAGAUCCAAAAGAACCAGGCGGCGGCCCAGCAGGCGCCCGUGGUGGCCUCGGCGCUGGUCAGCAGCCACCUGGAACUGGUGCCUGCUGCGCCUCGCCUGCACCGGCUGGACGCGCUGCUUGGGGAGUACCAGUAUGGCGCUGAAGGGGGCGAGGAGGAGGCAGGGGCGGCCAUGGCGGCCGAUGGCGCGCCCAGCCCCAGCGGGCGCGCCAUCGGCGGCAGCUUCAGGGGAGGGUACACCGAAGGGGAGCUGCUGGAGCGGGUGCAGUGCAGCGCGGCAGAGCUGCGGGCGGGGCUGGUGGACCACCGCGCGCUGUGCCUGGAUGGGCGCUACUGUGCGGUUGAUGCGUCCUACCAGGGCAUGCUGCUGGAGCUGGUGCUGCUGACGGCGGUUGAGCACGGCUGGGCGCUGGGCGCGCUGCCGGGCGCGCGGGUGGCGGCGGCGCUGCAACCGCAAGGCUACGACCCGAGGGUCACGCUGCACUGCCUGGCCACCUAUGGCGCCCGUGUCGGCAGCGCCAGCGCGGCGCUGAAUGCAGCAGAGUUUGAGGAUGGGGCAGCAGCAGCCAUGGAGGUGGAGGAGCAGGCGGGCGGCAGUGGCGCGGGCGCCAGGGCCAGCGGCGGCAACGGAUGCUAUGCUUUGGACGAGGCGGCCGUGUGCCUGCACUUUGCGCGCAGCCUUCUGCAGGCGCAGCCCGACUGGGAGCUGCACGAUUUCGAGCGCGAGUGGCAGCAGCGCGUACCAGAGGGCAUGCUGCCCAGCCUGGAGAUGCUGCGGGGCGAGGCGCGGCGGUACGGCGGCGGCAUCGGCGCCGCAGGCCUGCAGCACCCGCUGCGCAUCAAGCACUUCCCGCUCAGCGGCCUGCCGCAAGACGCGCCCUCGCGCUUUGCCGCGCUCUUCGCGGAGCAGCCGCGGUGGGAGUGGGAGGAGCUGGCGCCGUAUGUGCAGAGCCUGCGGGGCCCAGGCCAGACCGCAGAGGCGCUUCUGCUGAAGUAUGCGCGGGCCAGCCAGCAGCGGCCCACCGACCCCGUCACCUACUCGGCGCGGUAG